UCCAGGCUCGCGCUCGGCCUUGUGGACGUGGCGAAGGGCUCCGGGCACACUCUUGGAGCUCAUUGGCUCCGCCCCUGCGGCCCUCCUGCGCCGCUAUUGGUCAGAGGGCGGGGACCUCUGGGCUGCCAGGGGCGGAGCUUGGCUGGCGCCGCGCCAGGUUGGGCAUCUUUGCGCGAAAACGAGUUCAUCGUGGGGCGCGACCCCAGGCCUGGACCGAUGAUGUGGCGAUGGUCGCUUCUGUUGCUUCUCUUGCUGCUGAGGUGGUGGGCCCUAGGGAAGCCAUCCCCUGACGCCGGACCUCAUGGCCAGGGUAGGGUGCAUCAGGGAGCUCCCCUGAGCGAGGCCCCCCACGAUGACGCCCACGGGAAUUUCCAGUACGACCACGAGGCGUUCCUGGGACGAGACGUGGCCAAGGAAUUUGACCAACUCAGCCCAGAGGAAAGCCAGGCCCGACUCGGGCGGAUUGUGGACCGCAUGGAUCUCGCUGGAGACAGCGACGGCUGGGUGUCCUUAGCCGAGCUCCGCGCGUGGAUCGCUCACACGCAGCAGCGGCACAUCCGUGACUCGGUGAGCGCUGCCUGGUUCACCUACGACAUGGACCGCGACGGGCGCGUGGCUUGGGAGGAGUUGCGCAACGCCACGUAUGGCCACUAUGAGCCGGGGGAGGAAUUUCAUGAUGUGGAGGAUGCUGAGACCUACAAGAAGAUGCUGGCUCGGGAUGAGCGGCGAUUCCGGGUGGCCGACCAGGAUGGGGACUCCAUGGCUACCCGGGAAGAGCUGACAGCCUACCUGCAUCCCGAGGAGUUCCCUCACAUGCGGGACAUCGUGGUUGCUGAAACCCUGGAGGACCUUGACAAGAACAAAGAUGGCUAUGUCCAGGUGGAGGAGUACAUCGCCGACCUGUACUCUGAGGAGCCCGGCGAGGAGGAGCCUGCCUGGGUACAGACCGAGCGGCAGCAGUUCCGGGACUUCCGGGAUCUGAACAAGGACGGACGGUUGGAUAGCAGUGAAGUGGGUUACUGGGUGCUGCCCCCAUCCCAGGACCAGCCCCUGGUGGAGGCCAACCACCUACUGCACGAAAGUGACACAGACAAGGAUGGCCGCCUGAGCAAAGCUGAGAUCCUAAGCAACUGGAACAUGUUUGUGGGCAGCCAGGCCACCAAUUACGGUGAAGAUCUGACAAGGCACCAUGAUGAACUGUGACCUGUGACCCCAUGACUCCAUGGGGGCACCUGAGGAGCCACU